AUGCUGCAGCAGAUCCUGCAUGACAUGUACAUUGACCCCGAGCUCCUGGCUGAACUCAGCGAUGUACAGAGGCACAUCCUCUUCUACAAGAUGCGGGAGGAGCAGCUGAGACGCUGGAGAGAGCAGGAGGCUUGUGAGGCCGUGGCCCAGGAGGAGGGCCUCAGGCCCCUGAAGGCCAAGCGAGCAGAGAGUGAUAAGCAUAUCCAGUGGCUCCUGGGGGCAGAUGGCGAGGUCUGGGUCUGGGUCAUGGGAGAAGGCCCUGGAGACAAGCCCUAUGAAGAGAUCUCUGAGGAGCUGAUUGCAGAGAGGGCACGGCUGCAGGCACAGAGGGAGGCUGAAGAGCUUUGGAGACAGAAGGAGGCAGAGAUCACCAAGAAGUUCCGGGACGCUCUGGCCAAUGAGAAAGCCCGGAUCCUGGCUGAGAAGUGGAAAGUGGAGAUGGAAGACCGCAAGGCUGCCAAAGUUUUAGAGGAACGUAUCCAUGAAGAAUUCAAGAGGAAAGAGGAAGAGGAGAGGAAGCGAGGCGAAGAGCAGAUUCGCCUGCAGGAAGAGCAGCGGGCGAAGGAGCUGUACUGGACCCUGAAGCAGGCUCAGCUGCACUGCCAAGCCAGCGAGAAGGAGGAGCGGGAGUGGGAGGAGCAGUUGCGCCGUUCCAAGGCAGCUGACGAGGAGAGGAGCCGCCGAGCCCAGCGCGCCCGGGACGAGUACCGGCGCCACUCGCUCCGCGCCAUUCAGAAGGGCACCGUCGCUGGCCUCAGCUCCAUGUUCCGGGAGCUCGGCCAGAGCCACGAGCAGGAAGCAAGACUCUACCACCACCUGCCGGGCCCCGGUCCGCCGCCGCCCCUCACUUUGCCGCCACCCCUCACCUUGCCGGUCAGCCCUACUUGGGAGCGCCCACUGCGUCCAGUCUCCAGAGAUGUCAUCAUCCGCUGGUUUAAGGAAGAGCAGCUGCCUCGCCGAGCUGGCUUCGAGAGGAACACCAAAUCCAUCGCCCCCUGGUUCCAUGGAAGAAAUUAUCACUGUUUCAGGGGGAGAGUUGCUGCAGGAACCCUGUGGACAGAGGGACAGCCCACCAGACUACCAUCUGUUGUUUGAAUGAUUUCUUCUUCUCCUUAUCAGUUGGAUUCCUUUGGGCAUCCUCUUUUUGAACUCAGCUUAAAAACUUCCCAGCUCAAAUCCUUGCGGACUUCUGGAAGAUCCAUCACUAUUAAGAGGAACAAGUCGACUUGUAUGUCUCCAGGAUAUGAAAUAUUUGGCAUAUAUGCUGCUGCUUUCAUCCCGAUGCUCAGUACAUAAAUUGCUAAUAGCCGAUGCAACUCUUUCAGAAGAGUUUAGCUAUGACCUCAGAAGAAAAGCCUAUUUUCCAUGGCUACUCUCAACUGAGCUCCUAGAGUUCAUGGAUCAAGUUUUAGUAAUCCAAAAUAAUUCUGGUGCCGAACCCUGAAUUUAACAUGGUUUAACAUUGGUAGACAUUCAAUAAAUGUUUGUUGAAUGAAUGUACUUCUUCUAAAAGUUUUCCAAAAGCAAAUCAGUAAUAAUUUCUAGUAAGGUAUUUCCUACUUGUCACUUUUUAUGUAUUUUUUUUUUUUAAGAGACAGAGUCUCACUUUAUUGCCCUCGAUAGAGCGCUGUGGCAUCACAGUUCACAGCAACCUCCAACUCCUGGG